AUGGAGGCAAAGGAGGAUAAGCAGCAACAGCAUAAAGUAGAAGAUGCUGGCAUAGUGUAUAAAACUGAAAAAGAGGAACUCAAACAUGAAAAAGAGCCUGGAAAGAGCAUACCACAUUCAAAACCAUGUGUCAGGAGACGCCGUGUAUAUUAUGCUAAAUUCAUUAACACAAAUGCAAGAACAUGCAAUGAACCAGUUCCCUACAUAGAUCCCAAAAUAGGGACAGAAAAUCAGGAUGACUGGUGGCCACAUGGUAAAGAACCUGAGCAUCACUUCCAACCACCUUAUGAUACUAAGAGCACCCAGAGGAGUGACUUUCAAAAACCAACGUGUCCUUUGGUUUUGCCAGUCAAGCACAGCAAGUUGCAAAAGCCUUCUUGUGGAAUAGUUCCACUUGCCUCUCCCAAUGCAUCCACAGAACUUCAAAAGAAUUUUAUAGAACGUAUCUCCUUUAUACAUCAAUAUGAUUCCAGGAAAAUUCCCAGUGAGCCCAUGAGGUGUAAGCGGCAUGGAGUUUUCAUGCAGAUAGAGAUAAAACCAGGGAGCAGGCCAAGAGCUCCUCAGGGAACAGCGGCAUUACUGAAUGCUCCAGGGCCAUGCUCAUCAGAGCAGCCCCAAAAAACAGAGAAAGGAAACUCAGCGGAGAGCAAAAUGACCUCACCGGGUGUCGGCCAACAAACGUCCCCAGAGCUGUUCGAGACGAAAACCCCCUUAUCAGAAACAGACGUCAGGGAGGCGGCCACGGCCGGCCCCACGAGUCCUGUGAGGAGGGAGUCUGCCGCCGGCGCUCCAACGACUGCAGCGGAUGCUCUGAUCACCAGGCACAAUCCUUCAACUCCGCCAAUAAAAAGUCAGGAUAAAGUACCUUCUCCAGAUAAAGACAUAACCCUUGGAACGUAG